AGUGGUAGAUAAUCUUAUUUACCUACUCAAAUCAAGGACAAAUACAUUAAUUUGAAGAUUUUUCACUUUUAGUUCCCGCAACUGUUUGAGCAAAGCCAAUUGUCUUGCCUUCACCUUGGUGAUAAAAAGAUCUAAGGGUGGUACUUGCAAAAAAGGGCUGUGUGAUGAGAUCAUGUUGCUUCUGUAUCUGCAUUUAGCAUUAGUGCCAUUGCUCAACCUCCUCCUCUCUUCCUUCAUCCCGUGUGAUACCCCUGGGAUUCUCCUUUUCUAGUUCCUACUUUUACAUACUCUUUUUACUUUCACUCUCCAAGUGUUUCUCUUUCCCAGCUCCUCCCAUCUUUCCCGUUCAGAUCUCCAGAGAGGUGCUGCAGCACUGACGACUGCAUUGCUCUGCAGCCCGCUGUCAGAUGGGAGCUCAGACGGGACUUCUGGUGGCACUGGUCACCUUGGCUUUGAUCCGUGUUUCAGUGUUUGGAGACACGCGAUGCAGUAAAUUUCGGAAUCUGGCCAACGGGCAGACAUUUUUCCGGUAUGGUGGACUGAUGGUGAUCUUCCGCUGCCAUCCGGGAUACAAGCUCCAUGGACACCAAACCAACAGCUGUGUGUCUGGACUCUGGUCUCGAAACCUCCCAGUUUGUGUUGGUUCGGGAUGCUCCCACCCAGGCGCGAUCCUCCACGGGUCCAGCAGGAUGAACGAGGACGGCUCCUGGGCAGAGUUCAGCUGUAAUAGUGGCUUUCGUUUACACGGCCCUUCAAUGAUAUACUGCAAGGGCCGCUCCUGGAAUAGCACAAAUCCAGUCUGCAAAGAGGCAGACAUUAUGAGCUCAGUUUCCGUCAACAGUCUGCAAAACCUAAACGCGCUCUCCAAACACCAGGUUUCUGUAGCUUCAAAGAACCCUCCUCAUCUCCACUUCAGUCCUGUUGGUGACAAGGCUCCUGAGCAACCAGACCUCAGGCUUGAUCAGCUGCUUCAUGCACCAUUCAAUAUGUUCCAAAAUGAGAGAAACAAUCUAACGAACCCAAGAGCCAACCUCACGAUGCACACCCAAUCUUCCAGCGAUUGGAUAGAAACAACUGAGCGGGCCAGAGGGUUUGACUCGGUGGCGCAAACUUCACGGGAAUCCCCAGGAAAUUUGGGUGGUCCUAUUUUUCCAGAUGUUCUGUACCUGCCCUCAAGUUCUCCCUGUGCUUCGUCACCUGUCACUUCAGCCUCCUCGGCUCCCAGUUCUACCCAGUCCGGUAUUAAAACACCUUCAAACACCUCCACUGACCGGAGAUCCCUCUGGAAGGGAUUUCACCACCUCCCACUGACCAGCGCCUCAAAGCCAGUUGUCCCUUUCCAAACUACGUGCUCAAACCCGCGCGUGCCUCUUCAUGGGACUUUGUACUUUCACCAUCUAGAGAACCCGGGUCCCAGUGACUUUAAGUAUUACAUCCAGUACGCCUGCUACGCUGGGUAUACCCUGGCUCAUGGAGACGUGAACAGCUACUGCCAGCCAGGAGGCGUCUGGAGCGGAGUCACACCUGUCUGUCUGGAUAUUGACGAGUGCCUGCUGCCUGCAGCCGUCACAGGUUGUAUGUUUGGCUGUGUUAACACUCCCGGGAGCUUCCACUGCUCCUGUCCAGAUGGCUUCAUCCAGCUGAGCGCAGUUGGCCACUGCCAAGAUAUAGACGAAUGUGCAGUCAAUGGUGAGCUUGGGCCCUGCAUGCAGCGCUGUCACAACUCGCCUGGAUCCUACCGAUGCUCUUGCUAUUCUGGCCACAUCUUAGCAGGAGACGGACACAGCUGCUUUGCGGAGUGUCCGCCCGGAUACAGGAAGCAACCGGCCGCUCCGCCUCAGGAUUCAACUGGACCAAACCCAAAGCAGGAGUGUGUAGAUAUAAACGAGUGCCUGGAGAAUAUGUGUGAAUGGCGGUGUAUCAACCUGCCCGGCUCCCACCGCUGCAUCUGCCCCCGAGGAUACGCACUGCAAGGAAAUGGGCGACACUGCAAAGACAUCGAUGAGUGCCACCAGAAAAAUGGAGGCUGCUCUCAUGUGUGUGUGAACAGAAGAGGAGGCUUUAAAUGUGCCUGUCCUGCCUCCCAUCGCCUGUCUCCCUACAGCUGGAAGAAAUGUUUGCCAAAGACAACAGCGCCCUCUGCAGGCUGAGCUCUUCAGCACUUCAGCUGGACUCUCUUAUUUUUAUGUAGAUGUGGACAGUUUAUUGACACAUACAUGGGAGAAUGUGGCUCUAGUGUAAAGGGCUUUGAGUGGUCUGUAUGAUGACAAACGUUGUAAAUAAAUUCAGGUCAUUUA